AUGGAGAUUCGAGUGAAGUGUGGGUGUGGAGAAGACGAGUGUAGCGAGUGGACGAUCGUAGAACUCCAAGGCGUCGUCGAGACUCAAUCUUCGUUCCAAGGUUCUGUUCAGAGUCUCGAGAUCGGUCGUCUCUGUCACUCAGAUUCUUCCCAGUACACGUUCACGGUGGGUUACCAUGAACUCACGGGCUCUAAGGUGACUCUGAAGAAGCCAUUGUUGGUUUUGAAGAAGCUUCAAAAGUGUACGGAUGGUUCGUCUCAGAAAGAAACGGAACUGGAAGUUGUCGGGAUUAUAAGAUCAAAGAUCUUGUUUAAGACCAGACCCAAGCCUCUCUUUUCCGGAACAAGCGGAAAGUGA